GUAUCUCCCUAUAUUGCCAAUGGUUCUCGUCAACGGAGCUGAGGGAAUUGGAACUGGAUGGAGUUGUAAAUUGCCUAAUUAUAAUCCUGAAGACAUUGUAAAUAAUUUAUUGCGCAGAAUGCGGGGAGAGGAAUAUGAAAAAAUGCAUCCCUGGUACAAUGGGUUCAAAGGCGAGAUUAUUGAAGAAUCUGAAGGUUCAUACAAAGUAACGGGAAUUAUAGAACAGAUUGACAGCACCACUCUCGAAAUUACAGAAUUACCCAUCGGUGUAUGGACUCAGAAUUACAAGGAACAGCUCGAGGAAUUUAUGACGGGGGAAAAAGGGAAAAAGGAUCCAUUUAUCAAAGAUUAUAAGGAAUAUCAUACAGAUACGUCUGUUCAUUUCGUUGUGACUUUGACAGAGGAGAAUAUGGACAAAGUCGUGGAGGAAGGCCUGGAAAGUAAAUUCAAAUUGACAAAAUCGUUCAAGACCACAAAUAUGGUCCUGUUUGAUUCAAAAUUGAAAAUCAAAAAAUACGAUACUAUUAACCAAAUUAUGGAUGAUUUCUAUCAGUUGCGAUUGGACUAUUAUGAGAAGCGCAAGGAAUGGCUUGUGUCCGAGAUGCGUAAAGCUUGUGAACAACUUGAGAACAAAGUACGAUUUGUUACGGAAAUCAUUGAAGGGAAAUUAAUAAUCCAGAACCGCAAGAGAAACGUUAUAAUUCAUACACUCAAGGAACGUGGCUAUAAGGAUGUCAACGCGUCCGAUGAAGACAAUUCGUCUGAAACUGCCAACAAUGCGGAUGGUUUCGGUUAUUUGCUGAAUAUGUCUCUUUGGCAUUUAACAUGGGAGAAGGUCGAACAAUUGAAGAAAGAUCGAGACGGCAAACAAAACGAGCUCGACAUUUUAAGGAGCAAAUCGCCGCAAGAUUUAUGGAAAGAAGACCUGGAAGACUUUAUGGUUGCCUGGAAAGAGAUGUGUGCCAAAGUGGAAAAUUCUUCAAGUAACAAGAGUAAGAAGCCUACAAAGUCCUCAUCAACAAAGCGCGCUCCUCCUAAGAAAUCUGCAUCUGCUAAAGAAGUGGCUCCUAAGAAAUCUGCACCUGCUAAAGAAGUGGCUCCUAAGAAAAAACCAACACCCACUAAAGAAGUGAUUCCUCCUAAGAAAAAACCAUCUAAAGUGAUUCUUUUGUCCGACUCUGACGAUGAUUUCUGUCCAAGGGCUGUUUCGUCCGAUGAAGAAUACAUUCCGUAUAAAAAGCGUACUACGAAAAAGGCCGCCGCGUCUACUUCAUCCACAGUAUUUGCCGCGUCCGUUGACGAAAGUUUAGAGCCUAAACCCACUCAGACACGGAAGAGCGGACGGGCAAAGUCAACUCAAUAUUAUUUCGGUGAAAGCGACUAA